AUGCCCCUCAUAAAAUCCAAAGACUUAUUCUCCAAGAUCACCCCUUCUACUCUCCGACUCACUCGUCUACCUCUCUCCCGAGCCACCUCGUCGCUACUCCGUUUUUCGGUCUCUCAGCGCACUCCUUUCCUCGCGACUCCCAUCCGCACCUUCUCCUCAACUCCUAUUCCCAAGUUCUCGCAUUCUAUUCCCAAAAUGGGUGGCAAGGUUGAGCUUAUCACUACCGAGGCCGACUUCCAGGCCAAGGUCACCGAUUCCAAGGACGCCAUCAUCGUUGACUUCUUCGCUGAGUGGUGUGGCCCUUGCAAAGCGAUUGCCCCCGUCCUCGAGAAGUUCAGCGAGAAACACGAGAACGUCAAGUUCUACAAGGUCGACGUCGACCAGCUCGGGGAGGUCGCCGCCAAGAACAAGAUCUCUGCCAUGCCUACAUUCCUUGUCUUCAAGAACGGCGAGUUGAUCGACACCGUUCGUGGUGCCGUCCCCCCCGCCAUCGAGGCUGCUAUUGUCAAGGUCUCUGCCUAG